AUGGAACGGUUAUGUGUCCUGCUGCUAUUAGCAAUCAGGAUACUUUCAGUGGAUGCACAGUUCAAUGGAUACAACUGUGAUGCUAAUCUACACAGCAGAUUCCCUGGAGAAAAGGACAUCAUUAUCUAUUGUGGAGUACAGACCAUAACAGUCAAGAUUAACUUUUGUCCGGUACUGUUCUCUGGCUAUUCAGAAACGGAUUUAGCAUUAAAUGGUAGACAUGGAGACGCUCACUGCAGGGGUUUCAUCAACAACAGCACUUUUCCCACAGUUGUCAUAUUCACCAUCAACCUGAAUACCCUAGAAGUCUGUGGAAAUAAUUUAGUGGUCACCUCUGCUCAAGGAAUCAAUGCAUUAGGCAAUUUGUCGAUGGUGCAGUUUGGAAACAUUUCAGGUUAUAUUGACACUCCUGACCCUCCAACUAUAAUUAGCUAUUUACCAGGACUCCUAUACAAGUACAGUUGUAGCUAUCCACUGGAAUACCUUAUCAACAACACCCAACUUGCCUCAUCAUCUGCAGCAAUUUCAGUGAAAGACGGAAAUGGUACAUUUAUUAGUACGUUGAACUUACUACUGUACAAUGAUUCAGCCUACAAUCUCCCACUUGUGAUACCAAGUUUAGGGCUCCCUUUAAAGACAAAGGUGUACGCAGCAGUGAAGGCUACAAAUCUUGAUGGAAGGUGGCACGUCUUGAUGGAUUAUUGUUACACCACUCCCUCUGGUAACCCAAAUGAUGAACACAGAUAUGAUCUAUUCUUCAGCUGUGACAAGGAUCCACAGACGACCAUUAUAGAAAAUGGCAGGAGUCAAAUGGGCAGAUUUUCAUUUGAAGUUUUCCGCUUUGUGAAGCACAAAAAUCAGAAGAUGUCUCCAGUGUUUUUACACUGUGUGACAAAGCUCUGUAAAUCAGAUGACUGCCCCUUCUUGACUCCGAUCUGUUACAAAAGGAAACGGAGGGAUUUGCUGGAAGCAACAACCUUAAUCCCUCGCACUUCCACUGGUAAUGCUGUCAUUACUGCUGGACCCAUUAUUACCAGGAGUGAAAGUGAUGACACUGCAAACAACAAGUCCCUAGUUGGCAAUAUGAACAUGUCUACCCUACCGAUGAACUCUGUGACAAGUGCAUUAAUUUCUGGAACUGUCAUCUUGGGCAUAAUGAGCAUCUCCUUUUUUAUAAUCUCUGUUUUUCUUCUUAAUAGAAAACGCCAACAUAGCAGUGCUUUAGCCGGUAUCAGAAAUCCUGUUUUUAAUUAG